GGCGCUCGCCACGCAAAAUGCCGAGAAAGCCCCCAUGGCGCUGUGGGGCUAGAAAUAGCACUUGGCGUUCACUCAAGAGUCCAUCCGCCUGGCGGAUCUCAGUCGUCUACAGCCAGUCAUCUGCAUCGUCUACACUCAGACGUCUGCGUCACUACCCCCUUCCUCCCACUUCCCCUUUCUCAUACACUUACGCCGUCGGUGGGUUUGUGAACCUUUGCUUUUAACUUGGAGAUCUGCAGUCACCGUGGGAGAUUCUCUCCAACAAGGGUCGCGAGUUUCAAGAGGUAAAACAUUUUUGCUGCAGCGAGUGAGGGCGAUACAGAUAACCGUCCUGUCCUCGUUGUUUCCACAAAGCGAUCCAACAUGGCGGGGCGAGUGGCGCGACGGGCUUAGGCCGGACGGCUGGGGAAGGUCAGCGAACAACAAGCCGCACGAGGUGCAAGUAGGUCUGAGCGUGACACGGGGGGCUGUGGCACGGACCUCGUCGACUAGCUGGCCUGGCUGCGAGCUGCAAGCGGGAAGGAAGGAGAGUGCGGUGCUCAUUUUCCCCGCGCAGUUGUCGAUCUAUGCGGGGGCCACGCCGAGACUGACAGAAGAGCCGCUUGUGUCUUGUGCAGGCGGAGAUCUGUGUCAGGCGCGUGUUGGCCGAGGCUGCGCUGGGACUCCUGGCCUUUGUUUGACGUGGAUGGGCUGGAGUAGUGGAGCUGUGAUAUUGCUGGCAGGCUUAGUCAUUCCGUGGGCCACGUGAGGUGGUGGACGUUGGGAAAGAGAACAAGGAGCAGAUCCUUGCCCUAACCAUCGACGACGCCAUCUUGCGGUCUGUGUUGAACAGUCAUCUGGUGCUCGACAGCUGUCUCCUCACCUUUGUAUGUGUGGAAAUCGACUCCAAGAUAACUUCCUGCAAGUCUUCAUGUUUACAUCACAUGAUUUAUCACCACCAUGAAAAUGGAGGUUACUGUGGAUGCAACCAAAGCCUUGUCCAUUGACAAGACAUUUGCAGCAGCUGAAAUCACUGAGAAUGGAAUGGAUUCAGCCUUAACUGUCCACGAUACACAAGAUGUGAACUCGGCAGUGACUGCUAGCAGUUUGAAGGCGGCAAAUUCAGGAGAAGAUGAAUCGGAAGUAGUUUUAGCCACACUUUCUUCUGUGGAGGAGCUAUGUAAAGCCAUCACAGACAAACCAGAAAUAGGGGAUGAAGGAUGUGGGCCUUUUGAACCCAGCAUUUCCUGUAAAGAUGGGAUCGGCAUGGUUUACAACCAGGUGUUCCAAGAUUGUGAAAAGAAUGGGAGCAAGACCAACAAUGAAGAGAAAGCAACCACAAACAGUUCUCCAAACAUACAGCCUACAGAUGGUAUCAAACAUUCAGUAGACCAUCCAGUAAGAUCCCUUGAAUCAAAAGAAAGUGUGUCUGAGCCUAGUUCAUCGGUGAGUAAACUGCGGUGUCCAAAAUGUAGUUAUGUGACGAGAAAUAAGGUGCUGUUUGACAAUCAUACUUGUGACAAUCAGGAUGAAGAUAAUGAUCUUGAAGAGCAGACUAAAAUCACCUUACAGGUGGAUGCAGAGAAGAAAUACAAUUGCAGUGAAUGUAACUUUGCAGCACAGGGUCAUGCAUUUGAAGAGCAUCUCAUGUGUCACAUUAUUCUGCGACCUUACCAGUGUCUCUACUGUUCCGAGUGCUUUGUCAAUCGGCGGGAUAUUGGCCGUCAUGUGGUAUUCCAGCACCAGGGAAUGAAAAUGAAUUGUGCAUUGCGGGCAUUAAAACGGGCCAAAGGUCUCAUGAAGGCAGCUUUAGCCUCAGGAACUUAUGUGUUUUAUGCUCGGGUGGCAGGCAAAGUGCCAUUGACUCAUGACCCUGAAAAGUCAAAACUGAGCAAGUCUGAGAAGGCCAAAUUGAAGAAGUCUUUGGCAGAAGCCACUGGCAAAUCUUCAGAUUGUGCUGUUGCGGAUAAGGUACACAGAUACCAAAAGCCAGAAUCUGAAAUUGCACAGUCCACAACUAGCAGUGCAGGCACCAAUGAGUCAGUCAGCCUGCCUGUUGUUCCAAGUAAACCAGCUUCAAGUGAGAUGUCAACUGUGGAAAACACUAGCAUCAUGGCUACAUCCAGUGAGUCUUCCAAUAUGCCUGCAGCUGACAGUAAAACAGCAGGUUCAAGUGAAGUCCAUGGUGCACCUGAAGAGCCAACACUUACAGUUAAUAAAGAUACAUCAAAAGUGCAAGUGCAUAGUGAACAUUGUGACAAAUCCUCAGCAGCUGAGGUGAUGGAUGAGACAAGAAAUUCUGGUUUUUCAAGUGCAGGACUGAGCGGUACAUCUUGCAGUCAGGAAGCGGCAAGUACAGAUAACAUUGCCAAACCUGUGGGAGAUGCUUCAACUAACUUUUCUGAAGAGGAAGAUGAUGUUAAACAGCUGGACAUGCAACAGCUUAAUAGCCAAACAAAAUUUUCCGUGGAAACAUCUGUUGAAGAAUGCAGUGAAAGUGGUAAAAAACAGGUUAUGUCACCAGAUAAACAACAAAGCAUUGAAGCUCAAGGAAAAGGAACUGAUGAUAACAUGGAAGACUCCUUAAACCAGCAUGAGGAAAACAUGGAAACAAAUAGGAGUGAGGCAGACCUUGAACAAAAAGGACAUGAGAUAGUGCACACAGUGGAUGGAGAGAGCUGUAGUGCAAAUGAGACACUCACAGAAGAAGCAAUGGAGGAAGAAAACCAUGCAAAUGCCAGUAAACCUCAGUUUCCAGAGUCAAACUUUGAUCAAAGUCAGGAGGAGCAAAGCCUGGGAUUCAAAAUUGUAGCUGCAUUUUCAUUGCAAGAUGAGCAUUCCAAGGACAGCACCAGUGGUAGUCCAGCAGCAUCAGGAUCUGAUGGGAAAGGGGAAAGAACUCAAGAUACCACUUUUUCAGAAAAGAAUCAGGAAAAAUAUGAGGCUGCCUCUACUGAAGCACUUGACCAAGAGCAAGAGGCACUUAGACUGAGCACAAAAGCCAUAUUAGGACCACCCUCAACAGAGCCACUUUCAACAUCAUCUUUUCUUGGUCCUCUUCUUUCAACCCCCCUUGGUACAACAUAUUGCACUACAGUUCAUGGAAGUAUUGAAAUGACACCUUGUACAAUGCCUGGGAAAAACUACCAUUUUUUCCUGUGUGGUUUUGGCUGCAACUUCAGCAGCUUGACCUCAGUAGAGUUUCGGGACCACCUGGUGGUAGACCAUGCAGGGGAGGUUUCUUUCUCUUGCUAUCACUGUGGAUUCCAGUCCACAAGUGAAGAUGGUCUGGUUCGACACAUCUCAGCUCAUGCCCACAUGUACAGCAAAUCAGCACCACUGUACAUCUGUGGUGCAUCAGCAUGCAAGUUUGGAUCCAAUCUUGUGGCUGACUUCAUGACCCACAUCUCAUCCUGGCACCCUGACCUCACUUCAUUUCGUUGUCAUGACUGUGAUGAACAAUUCUGGAGUUUGCAAGAACUUCUUCAGCACUUUGAUUGCAACUUCCUCCAUGUCAUCAACUGCCCUCACUGUACAGCCAAGAGUACGGAACGAAAAACUUUACUAAAGCACAUGGCUGCUGCCCACCCUGGGAAACCAAAGAUGGUGUCCGUAGCUAAGCAGAUUAUAUGUCGUGAUCGCAAAAUCAACAAUUAUGCCAAAUAUAUGGAACAUCGUGAUUGCUUAGCAGCCACUGCUGCAGAAGAAGCAGUCAACCUACCGACUGCUCUGAUACCUGAGGCUGUUUUGAAAGAAGCAUCUUCUGCCAUCAUUCCAAAUAUCAGCAGUUCUCGAAAUAAGUCACUGGUGUCCAUAUUGACAGAACCCAUUCAGCCCAAAGAAAGAGCUCUCACCCGAGGAGCUGCCAUAGCUUUGCCUGAAAGUGAUAUGAAGAUGGAGAUAAUAGAAGAAGACGAUGAUGAUGAGGAGGAGGAUCCUCUUGAUUUUGAUGCUGCUGGUGAUGACAGUGCUGAUGAGGAAGAAUUUGAGAUGAUUAAAGGCCAGGGAACUAGCGGUGGGGAUAUAGCUUUCCUUGGCAGCAAGGCAGAUGACAGAGAUGCUGAAAACUUCAAGUGCAAUUUCUGCACAUUUAUAGCCAGGGACCGAUGUCGACUGGAGGGCCAUGAGAAGUGUCACGGCCUUCCUCCAUCACGGAAAUCCCGCUUCAAGUGCAUGUACUGCCCUCAGGGCUUUAACAAUGAGCAUAAAUUCAACUCUCAUGUCAGCUGCCAUCCUGGACUGAUUAAAUUUAACCUCUACUGCUGCAAGCGCUGUGAGUUUGACUCUAACCAAAGACAUAUCAUUCUGAGGCAUAUUCGAAGUACUCGUGAUCAGGUGCACAUGAGCUUUGGAGCACAAGAGGAGGAAAUGUAUGCAGUGAUGAAUAAGACUAUGGAGACCCGGGUCUUGGAGUGCACUCAGUGCUCCUACAUGACUCGUCACCGCAAGCAUUUGGUGCAACAUAUCAAGCGUGAGCAUGCCAGCCCAAGAAAGACGGGUAUCACACUGGACUGUGACAUUGUGGAGAAGUACCCAGUUCAAAGUGCUAACAGAAACAAAGCCCUGGAGCUUGCUCUCAACCAUGACCAAGCGGGGCAGCUACCCGUUGGAGAUGAUGGCAAUGUCAGAGAAAAUCAGGCUCGUCGAUUCAAGUGUCCCAUAUGUCAAUAUCUUGUUCCCCGAGCGGCAGAUCUCAAAGCGCACGUAAAGCGCCACUCUGAAAUAGGUGAGAUUACUCUGGUGAUGUUCCGCUGCAAGUAUUGUAGUGCAGCAUCAACAGCACGAGAAAUUAUCUAUGGGCAUCUUAUGGAAAAACAUCUGGGCAAACAAAUAGCUCUUGUGAAGAGAAUAGUCACCAUAGACACAAAAGGUGGGGACAAUGGAUAUGCAGUGACUUCUAUGGAGGAUGAAGAGGAUGGAGUGGUAGAGACCCCAGGGACAUCAGCCUCAUCUGAAGCCACACAGUCGAGUGAUAAGAUGGUGCUUCUGAUACCAGAUGCUGCUGGGGAGACAUUUCAGUCUCCAAUGCAAUGUCCUUGCUGUUCAUUUGCUUCAUACAUGCGCAAAGCCAUCAUUCAGCAUGUUGCCGAUCAUCACCCUGAUGUUAGCAUCAUGGGACGGCGCAAGGAGAAUAGUGAGAUAUAUCCCUUAGAGACAUCUAGUACAAGUUCUGCUGUGACCAUCCCUGCUGCCAGAAUAACUCUGGGAGAAGCUCUGAAAGGAGAUAUUCUCAUUGUCCCUGACAAUCAGACAUUUGAUGAGGCUGUGAGGUGUCCCAAGUGUGAGUAUGCCACUAUCCACAGGCGCAACAUUGUACAACACUUGGAAAAACACCACCCUGAUGUGUCGGUCAUGGGUCGCAAUGAUUACCCAACAUUUGAAGGAAAAAGUCAGGGUGCUGCAGAAGCAAAUGCAAUGGGUAAGGAUGGAAUGGUGAUCAUUGGCAGCGGCAGUCUGGAUGAAAAGAUACGAUGUCUGUAUGAAAACUAUGGGGACAAAAUGAAGUGCAUGAUUUGUCAAACUGAAAGGCCCAAGAAAUUUUUCAUUCAUGUACAUAUAUUGAGACAUCUUAACAUCUUACUGUGGAAAUGCAUGUACUGCUCACACAAGGGGCUGCAGAAAUACAAAAUGAUGGACCACAUUAAAAAGGUUCACCCAGGAAUGGCAGUAUGUGUUCGAUACUUGCCAGUUAAUGUUGAGGAGAAAGUAAAUGAAUAUCUACGCAAUGCAUCCGUGAUCAGAGCUCGCAGGUCUGGUGAGGACCCAGUUGCUGAUGCAGUCUCACCUGCAAAGACUAUUACAUCUCUUGAAAGCAGCUGUAAUUCCAGCUUUCAGCUGAACUUGGAGGAUAUCUCAGAUCAGGGAAGCAGUACAAGUAAAGGCCAUUUAAAACCCUUCCAUGACAACCUCAGUGGCUGUAUUAUUGGAAGCGAUGAUUUGGACGUGACUGGCUGCUUGUAUGCCUUGGGAGAAGGCAGUAGAUUCCGCUGUGUUGUUUGUGGGCAGGAAUUCCAGCGGAAGUUUGCUGUUCAUAGGCAUAUUGUUCAGUCACACCUCAAAGUGAAUCUUCUGGGCUGUGGUUAUUGUGACCUGAAGGGUGUGGAAAAACACAUAAUAAUGGACCACAUUAUUGAGACCCACCGACAUGCUCCAAUCAGCAUUCGGAAUUUGGCCCAGGAUUUGGAAUACAAAGUCUCAGAAUUCCUUAGUCGCAUGACUCUGGAUGCAGAUGCAGCUCUCGACCUUCCCCCUGCAGACAUUGGUAUGGAUGAUGAUUUCAACUUCAAGCUGCCAGAACCACCACAGCUGCCCACAAUGUUAGUGCCUCUUGAGCCUACAUCUCCUGCUCGAAUUACAUCCCAGAGAUCCAGUCCCUCUUCCUCAGCUACAUCUUCUUCCUCCAGCAAGAAUCAGUUGAAUCCCAAGUUGCUGCUUCUAGGUCGAGACACCCUCCAUCAUCAGUUAAGAAACCUGUUAGAAGAGAUGCAAGAUGGCAUGCGGUGUCUAGUGUGUAAUUGGGACUUUCCUCGAAAAUAUCCGGCACACCGCCACAUUCUUAUGAAACAUCUUAAAGUAGGCAUUAUUGGCUGUCCAUAUUGUAGUUUUGAAGGUGUGGAGAGGUAUCAGGUGUUCACACACAUCAAAGAAGAUCACAAAGGUGCAGAACUCAGCCUGAGGUAUCUUACAAUCAACAUGGAAGAGAUCGUCAGCAAAUUCAUGGCUGACUUGGCUAGUGGAAGCACUUCUGCUAAUAGCAAGACCUUGCCGCCUUGGAGUGUCAGAAAACCUGUAGUGCUUAAAACAGAAGUACAGUCAGAUACUGAAGAUGACCUUCAGCCAGACCACACUCCUCCGUCAGCUGGAGGGGGCAAAGGCUUGGUGGUGGCUAUGUUUGGUAGGAAGAAUACUCCAAAGAUCAAAGAAGAGCCUGUAGAUGAUGAGGCAGAGUAUGGGGAGGAUGCAGAGGAGGGGGAUAGUAGCAUGGAUGUGGAUGAGGAUCAUAGCGAUGACCUAGGACAACGGGAAGUCCAUACCACAUCACUUCUUUCUGCCAAUGGCACCAAAGCUAAAUCUGCCACUGAUGUUCUUACUAGCAUUAAAGUAAUAACUGUAAAGGAGAAGGGUUUCAAGCGACACAUUUGUGAGAAGUGCAAGUUCACAUCUCUUCAUCGCUCUAACAUUGUCCGACAUAUUUACAGAGUUCAUGAGCAAUACAGGGAGCAGGAGUGUCCAGUGUGCAAUUAUAAGACUCUAAGUCGCGUCCUCAUGCAGCAGCAUUUGAGCAAUGAGCAUCCUGGCAUCUCAUUCCCAGCAACACUGGCCAGAAUGGCUAAGCGAAAGCAUGAGAAUAAGCCAGAGGAUAUGGAGUAUGACUCCAUUAAGAGAUGCAAGGCUGCUGCUUCCUCCCGUCGCAGGGACUCUGACUUAUCACCACCCGUUACAUCCAGUUCCAACACUCAGCUGUAUGCGUGUGCUUACUGCUCUUUUGAGACACAGACUCAUGCUGAGAUCGUGCAGCAUACGCGUGACAAUCAUUCUCUGAAUGACACCAUGAAAAGUCAGGGGAUGGGGCAGAAUCCAAGAGAGCUAGAACCUGAAGACACGGAGUUUGAAACUUUGACUUCAGCUGUGAAGAUGAGUCAGCUGGACGGUGUUAAUGGAUCUGAAGACACAUUGACUCAGUGUUUCUACUGCACAUACAAAACUGGCAACGAAGAGGACUUAAAGGUUCAUUUCAUGGAUUCUCACCCAGGACUGGGCUUUAAAUCCAAGAAGGUUCCAACAUGGAGGUUUGUUUGCCGCACAUGCAAUGUCAAGACAAGGGCUCACUCCAAGAUGCGUUAUCACCUCAAUCGUCACAUCAACUACCGUCCAUACACUUGCACAACUUGUGGGAUGUUUUUCCCAUCCCCUGAUCAGUGUCGAAAACAUUGUCGAGCAAAUGGUCAUAAUGAAACUUUCACAUAUGUGAAAAUCCCCCGCAAGGAGAAACGACUUCAGCAGUUGCUGAAAGAGAGCCAAGAGAUAGCUCUGACAUUGAGUUAUGGUACCUCUGAUCCUGUGGCUGCAGCCUCCACGAGCAGUUCACCCUCUCGGCAGGAAACUCCCACUCCUUCCCGAAAAGCCAAAAAGUCCUUUUCCUCAGGUCUGUCGAAGGUGAAGAAAAGCUAUGAAUAUGACGCACCAUACUCACCUCGUUUAUCGGCAUCAAAGGAGGAAAGGGGGAAGAAGAAGCAGCCCAGAUGGUGUGCAAGCUGUGACUUCACAGCACAGAACGUAUGUGAUGUGUGGCUUCACUUCAUUGAAGAGCACAAGUCACAGGAGUUCCAGUGGAUGGACUUGAGCACUGGUCACAUUUGCACCGAGACAGGGGAGAUCACAAAUGCAAAGGAUGUCCCACCUGACCUAGAGGAGCCUGCAGGUCCGGGCUACCAGACAAUGGAGAAUCGCAUGCUUGCCUGUGAGUCUUGCCAGUUUUCCACUGGUACUGUGCAAGCUAUGAAGUCUCACCUGCGCAGACAUAUGCCUAAACGGUACCUGUGUCCUUACUGCAGUCUACGGUGCAGCCGCAGGGACACAAUCAUGCAGCAUGUUCGUUGUGCUCACAAGGGACGUGAAAUGUGGACCAUUUUCUUCAAAGUUUCUGGUGGGUCAACGCAUGAUCCUUCUGGGUCCAGUGACAUGGUACAGCAGGAUGACGAAUUUGAGGCAGAAAGUCUUGUGCAAGAAGAGAUGAACAAAGAUCGCAUAAGAUGUGGGCUCUGUGAGUUUACACAGGCCUGUGUUUCAGCAGUGCUAGAGCAUCAUAAACAGGAGCACCCUCAUCAGCAGUUUCACUGGCAGGAUACCACAAACGGCUAUACCUGCAACGACACAGGGCAGGUGAUAGAUGCUAAGGAACACAAGCCGGAAGUCUUCUCAGAAGAUGGCUUCUCAGUUGAGGCUUCUAGUGGCAGCAUUCCUACUUUUUCUUGCAAAGAGUGUUCCUUCACCUCUGCAUUUAUACAGGCAAUCAAGUCUCAUGUCAAAUCUCAUCUGCCACAUGGGUUCAUGUGUCCCUACUGUAACUUCCAAGCAAACAGCAGGGAGAAGAUGAUUUCUCACCAAUCAUCUGCUCAUCGAGAACGAAACCCUUGGGUCUUACACUUGCGUCUGGCUGACCCAAGCCCAGCUGUCACAGAGAAGAAAGAACUGGUGCCUUGCAGACAAACUACAACAGGCAUCACCAACUACUCUUGCAAUUUAUGUGACUAUUCUUCAGAAAACCUUUAUCAAUUUCGCAUACAUUUGGCCGCUCAUGGCUGCUUCACCCACUUAGUCUCAAAUGCAUGUGAAGAUUUCCCGUUCAAGUGUGGAUACUGUACAUAUGUGGCUCAAGAUGAGGGAGACUUUGGUGCGCACAUUGCUUCUCACCUAGAGCAGCGCAACUACAGGUGCAGCAAGUGUGAGUUCACAGCAUUCAAGCGCUCUAGUGUUCUUCAUCACAUCACUAUCACACAUGAUGAGAAUGAGGAUAUUCAAGUUCUUGACUUGCAAGCAGACAGUAUGACACAGCAAGGAAAGGAAGAACCAAAACUUGUUAACUUUGACACAGAACUCAGAAUUAUACCAGUGACUGAUCAUGACAUGGAAAAGGAAGGACUGUCCUUGUACAGCCCGCAGUCCUGUCCAUUGUCAGAAAAUAGUAGAAGCAGCAUGGAAGCAGAUGGAGAUGAGGAUAUGGAUAUCAUAGGGCUUGAGCUCCCAAACAUGAAAGACUUAGAAACAGAAGAUGUGGAUGGCUCUGACUGCACUGAAGAGUUUGGAGGGAACGAUGAUGAGGAAUCUCUUGGUUCUUCUGCACCAGCGUGUGUUGAGGCUAGCAGAUCCCAAGCAUCUAGUAUUCUUCGUGCAACUCUGCAGGGCCAGAUCCACGAAUACGGCUUUAGCAAGUUAACUGUGCCUCAUGGUGCACAGGACAAUGAAAGCAAUGACGCAGAGGCUUCAGACAGUGAUAGUUCUCUGGCCAUCAAGAAUGCUGACCCCUUGCCACAGGUUCUGUCCAGAGUGAACAUACAGGAGACGAGUGAGCUGGAAGAGCCUGAGUACGAGAGGCCUCAUCAGCAGGAGCCAAAGAGAAAGAGACUAAUUGUUCAGUGGACGUCUCUGUCUCAUCUGAGGCAGAACAAUCAGAAGCAGUAAUAUUGUCUAAGCCAGAGAACACUGAUAAGGAGAGCAGGGACACAUGUGGUGACAGGGGCUCACAACACUUUGCCAAUGUGUUUAGCACUCUUAACAAGUGGCUUGAAAAAUAGCACUUGGUUUUUGGCCGUAGUGCAAGAUUUUGGCUAAGUGAUAAAAAUAGUCAACAACAGCACACUCAUCAGUAGAUGUGAGAAUUGUCUUGUAAAUAGUUUAUGAGAGAACGUCUUGCUUUUCAGGACCUGCCAGCAGGUGCUUGCAAAGUCACUGUUUGAAGUGUUUGGCAGAGUACAACUGGCAAUAGCUCUGCAUAUGAAUGAUGAGGCUGCUGUUGAUGAUUCUUGCAUUCAUUGUGGGAGUGCCAUCCAAACCCCAUGGACUACUGAGUCAAGUAGAGUAGGGAUGCCAAAACAUCUUUAAGAAUUAUCAGAGAAGAGAGGGGCAAGGUUCAUUUUAUGGGUGUGUGCAUAUUAAUGAAGUGUCGACAUUUGAUGAUAUUGAAGUGUAACAUAUCUUUGUGACAUUGAUUCCUGGAAUAUUUUUCAGUUCAUGUGUUUAGCAAUAUCAUUAGAAUGAAAGAGGAGGAUAAAAACUGACAUGCUUGUUUGAUGCUAGUUUUACGAAGGGCAUUCCAAGCCAACUGCUCAGACAUUGCUGCUCAGCUCUUUACAGUUUCUUGCCCAUCCACUGAGUUUUUUAACUGUCCAUGCUGGACCGAGCUGUAAAGAGUAAAUGGAACUAGCCAGAUUGUAAUAGCAGUACGUACAAUCACAUAUUUUAAUAGCAGCUGGACAUUUCUGCAGUGUUGGCACAAUGGGUGGAUUUUACAUUUGACUAAAUCAGAGGAACCGCUGUAUUAUCACCAUCAUUGUAUCCAGUGCUCAGUUAUACUGUUUAUCACAAUCAUUGUUUACAGUCUCAGCACGGGGGUGCAGCUUCAGUUGCUUUCAAAGUAAAUGAUGUGUUUUAGAACGAGCCUUCAUUUCCACGGAAGUGAAUAAUCAGAAUGCAGAUGUUUUCAGUUUAUUCAAGAAAAUCUCGAGAAGUAAUCCAGAGUUUUUAGUGUUAGUAAUACUGUAACUGUGGCGCUAAGCUCCUUGAGGAGUGACAAGGAAUAAGCAAAGCAAAAAAAACAAAACAAAAACAACAAUGCUGUAACUUACUUUAGAGUAGGUUUUCUAUAACCUGCUGUAGAGGAGUAAUACUUUUCUUGCACUGAUAGUAUUACUACAGUAUUACUAAAGUUAAAAGCAAAAUUAAGCCCCAUUUGUUUUUAAAGUAUUUUUUUUUUCUUUUUUUGACUGAUCAGGUGUGUGACUAGUUCUGCUCUACAUUGACGAACAAGAAGUGCUUAAUAUGCAGAAUGAUUCAUUUUUGUUACCAAUCAAAACUAUUCAUAUUGUGGAUUAAAUAUCGUAAGAUGCAAA